GAAGGACACAUUACAUUGUAUUGUUGUGAUAUGUAGUAAAGAAAAGAAGAAGAGGGCACAAUGCAGUUCUGGAAGCUCUUCAUUACUGCAUUAAUGCCAGUUCUUAAGGUGCUCCUGAUUACUGCUUUAGGAGCAUUUCUUGCUCUUGAUCGAUUUAAUGUGCUAAGGGACACUGCCAGGAAGCACUUGAAUACAUUGGUAUAUUAUGUGUUCACUCCGGCUCUUGUUUGCAGCAUCCUCACUAAGACAAUAACAUUUAAGAACCUCGUUAUGCUGUGGUUCAUGCCAUUGAAUAUUCUUCUAACAUUCAUAGUUGGGACAGCAUUAGGAUGGUUAUUUAUGAAAAUAACCAAAGCUCCUAAUCACAUGUAUGGCCUUGUCUUGGGGUGCUGUGCUGCAGGAAAUCUAGGAAAUUUGCCUCUUAUCAUAAUGCCAACAGUUUGCAAAGAAAGCAACAGUCCUUUUGGAGCUGUGGAUCUUUGCUAUAAGAAAGGGAUGGGAUAUGCUUCUCUAUCCAUGGCUAUAGGAAACAUCUACAUUUGGACUUUUGUGUACAACAUCGUUCGUUUAUAUUCAUCCAACAAGACUUUGGAUAAUAAUUCCACAUUAGAAAAAGAUUCCGUGAAGAAUUCCACAGAGGAUUUAUCAGAGACUGUUGAUGAUCAUGAAAAUCAACUUCAAAUUGAAACAACAUUUUCUCAUGAAAGAGCAAAGUUACCAAAACUUGCAAAGAUAGUUAAGACUUUGGUAGAAAAGCUGAAUCUGAAGGUCCUAUUAGCACCUGCAACAGUUGGAUCGAUUGUUGGUCUAGUGAUGGGUGGAAUCACUCCAUUUCGGAAGUUGUUUGUCGGUGAUGAUGCUCCACUUCGUGUUCUUGAAGACUCUACAUCCAUGGUGGGGGAUGCGGCCAUUCCAGCAGUCACUUUGUUGGUCGGAGCAAAUCUACUUAAGGGGUUAAAAGGGUCAGGAAUGAAGGUUCCACUUUUGUUAGGGAUACUUGUGGUUAGAUACAUAGCGUUACCAAUGUUAGGUGUGUGCAUUGUGAAAGGUGCGUACAAUUACUCAAUUAUUUGGAGCUGGUGAAACAGAAUGCUCAAUAAUCAUGCUAGCAACUUAUGCCUGUGCUGCAGUUUCUCUUACACUUUGGUCCACAUUUUUUAUGUGGCUUGUCCUAUGAUGAUGGGAUAUUUUUAUAACAAUAAUAAUUAGUUACAGUCAGAUGUAUUAUGAUUUAUGAGACAUCGAUGGUUAUAAAUAUAAAAUAUUAAUCAUAUUCUAAACAAGUUGUUCACA